AUGAUCCAUCGUCGAUCACUCUUCCAAGCAACACCUCACCUUAUCAAGGGGCGGCUAAAAGAAACACAAUCCAGUAGCAAAAUUGAUAAUGAAGAAGCUCCGGCUGUGUUGUCUACUAUAGCUGCAGAAUCCUUGGACUCGUCAGAGCAACCUGGACCAUCGUCAAGACCCCUGGAACUUUCAGUCACAUCGUCUGGCUACUCAAGUCCACAAGAUACGCAAACCGAAUCUUCUAGAUCACCAUCUCAAGUUUCUGACGGAAGAUUUGGAGCAGAUGAGCUCAUGGAAACUGAUCAGGAUGAAGUAGAAGAAGAUUCUGGAAAAAUGCGGAAGAAGAAAACCAGAAAGUCGAGGACUUCAUUGGGAAAUCAGAGAAGAAGUCGAAGACAGCCAGCAGAUCUGAAGGCAGCGGGAACCCAGGAAAAACAAAGUGGAAACGAAGAUGAUCGGGCUCCUCCAGUAUCCUGCAACGGGACUUCAGUUCGGUUGUCUGCUGUAGCUGCGAAACUCUCUACAUUUUCAUCAAAACCUGAACCAUCGUCGGGACUUCCAGGCACAUCUUCUGGAUCACAAUCGCAAGCUCCUGAAGGUCUAUCGUCAAGUUUUGAACAAAUGGAAACCAGCCAGGGUGAAGUAUCAGAAGCUUCUGGAAAAGUUCAGAAAAAUGAGAGCAAGAAGUCGAAGACGUCAGUGGAAAAUCCCAGAAGAAGCAGAAGACAACAAGCAGAUCUGGAGGGAAAAGGGAUCCAGGAAAAGCAGAUUGAUGAAAAAGAGAUGGAAGAUGCUGCUCCGAUUAAAUUGGAUUUCGGUGUCAUCCCACCAAUUGGACUGCAACGAAAAUGGUUUGAUAUGAGAGAAGUGAGCUCAAGGAAGAGCCGAGAAAUCGACAAUCUCAACAAGACCGAUCGUGUAGGAUUCCGUCCAUAUUUGAUGGCCGAUGAGCAAAAAGACGCCAGAAUUGGCCCAGGAUUCCAAGUAGAGAUUCCCGAUGAACCAACUCACAGCUUCGGACAAGAGGAAGAUUUGAACCGAGAAGAAGCAUUCUGGAUUCCCGAAACAGUCGAAUAUGCUCCCAAAGAAGUUCUCGAAGCGGAUCAGAUUCGAAACGUCUACUGGACAGCCAUCUGGCAGCAGUGGAAAGGGCACAUUCCUUUUGAGAUAGCCUUGAAACAUUUGAUGGAGUGUAAAUAUAAUACUGCAACAGCUCUGGACUCGAUCGACCAAACAUUGAAGGGGCUGCCACAGGAGAUGAGGCCGGUUGGAAUGGCUCAAGCCAGAUCGUUAUUGGAUAUGCACAAGGCAACAAAGAAGACCGAUAAGAGGAAGAGGAACCUGAGGGAGAUUCAGCAGUAUUUGAUCAAAAACUACCAUCUCGGCGAGAUUCAAAAUUUCCGGUACCAGCUUUCCCGAUUCUAUUAUUACCAGCCGACACAUGGAGUCCCUUGUAAUUGCCGGGAUCGAACUUGCACCGAUUAUCAGUUCGAGCCGCGUGUUGGAUGCACCAACUGCAACCGUCAUCACCGUCCACAUCUUCCAGCGGAUUGCGAGAAGUUGUGCUUGAUUUGUAAGAUGUAUUUGCAACUGAAAAAUAAAAUGAGACCAGCUGAACAAGUAGUCUUCAACAGUUCGGAACUGGAGUUUUUGGAAGUUUGGAAUCAAAAGGAGACGGAAAUGGGGGGACGAUUGACGAGAGACGAUGUGGAACAGCUCAUCAGAAUGGAAACUUGGAGAAGAUGGGCGGACGAAGACCUGACUGAUGAAGAAGAGGCAAUGUUGAAUUUGUCGAAACUGGUCAUUCGAAAUCGAGCAAAGUCGGGCAAACACACGGAAGAAGAGAAGAGGAUCAAAGGGUCACGGAUUGUGCAUCAGCUAAGGCCUCUGAUCCUUCCGCUGUUCACAAAAUGCUGCUGUAUGAGAUCGGGAAGUAUUCCACAUGGAUCUGUGAAUCGGGACAAGUGGAGUUUUUCGGAGAAGGAGGUGGAGAAGUAUCGAGAUUUGGUUUCCAACUUCGAAGGAGAUCAAUUUCAAAUUUCGAGACUUUUGAAAGUUGAGCCGGAGCUGGUCGAGAGAUUUGUUAAAAAGUAUCCAGAGAAUUACGAGAUAUGGAAGGAAAAGCAGUUCUUCCCAUUGAAUCCACGCGAGAUUUUCCAACCUCACAAUUUGGCACCCAUCAUACCAUCAUUUGUUUAUGACGAUACAGAAGAUGGAGAUGGAGAACCAUCAUCGAAGAAAGCUAAAAAAGCAAAGAAGGCUAGAAAAGUCUAG